UUCUUUCUCUCUCACAUACAUGAAACGAAGACUAAAUAUGGAGGUGAAGAACAGGGAGUACUGUGAGAGAGAAGCCAAGGAGACAGAGCACGAGGAGGACACAAUACACACAUUUGUGUUCACAGCUGGUACGGUUCUUCUAAUGGUGUGUCUAAAACGCUUUCUGGUUGAGCAGUGGCGUGCCUGGGUGUUUCUUAUCCUCAAUCUCAUCCUCUUGGCCAUUCUAUUCACGUCUCUGCGUCCUCGAAGUUCGGCAAAUGAAGGCAUUGCUGAAGAAGAGAAGAAUGACAGGACAAAGAAGAAGAAGGCGCCCGAGUUUUCUCAAGAAAUUGAAGACGCAAAAGAUUGCUACGAAGAGCAGUGUUGGGCAAGUGAUGUUCAGAAUGAGAGAGAUGAGAAGGAGGAAGAGGAGGUGGUGGUAGAGGCGGAGGAUGAGGCGCCACGGCUGUCAAAGGAGGAACUGAAUGAGAGAGUGGAAGCUUUCAUCGCCAUGUUUAGGCAGCAUUUAGUCUCCGAUGCUAGACGAGCCGAAAAUUACAGGUUCCAGAGAAACUCCAACAUGACACCUAAGGGAUUAAAGUGUCUUAUUGUAGAGGCUUAAUCCUCACAAUUUUGUAUUCUUUCCUAACUUUCUUUAUUAGAAAUGCCCUUACAUUUUGUCUGGGUUGUCCCUAUCUGGGUGCCUCUUAUUUACCCUUUCCAUAAUUACUAAUUACUAGUAAUCAUCAUUUAUAAUAAAAACUUCAU